GAUCGCCUGAGCAGGGGGUCGAAAUCUGGCGAAGAUUAGUUUGCCAAUUGCCAGCGACUGAAUUGCACGGAAUCGAACAGAGGCAAUAGGUUUCGACACUGCAACAUGGACUUGGCCGGCAAAAAUGUGGUUUACCUUGGCGGAUUUGGCGGCAUAGGCCAGAAAUGUGUGCAAGAACUGCUGCAGCGGCCCGUAAAGGCUCUGGCCGUUUUCGAUCUGACCGAGAAUGGCCAGCUCUUGGCUGACUGGAAAGGCAAAAAUCCCAACACGGAUAUCAUCUACCAAAAAGUCGACAUCACUCAGAAAUCGGACAUAGAUGCGGCCUAUAAGGCAACCGCCGAGAGGUUCGGUCACUUCGACGUGGUGGUCAAUGGCAGCGGACUGAUGAACGAUCGUCUGAUCGAGCUGUCCAUUCAAAUUAAUCUGUUGGGAGUUAUUAACAGCACUUUGACCGCCCUGGAGUACAUGGACAAGGCCAAGGGUGGUAGGGGUGGUCUCAUAGUGAACAUAUCCUCGGUGGCUGGCCUGGAACCCACAGCUCUCAUGGCCAUUUACUCGGCGGCCAAGACGGGAGUCACCACUUUUACCAGGGCCAUGGCUAAUCCCAUUUACUACGCCCACUCCGGCGUCGGCUUCAUUACCAUCUGUCCGGGAUUCACGGACACUGGUCUCCUAGAGGAUAUUGGUAACAAGACGACGUUCACUUACGACACACCCAUGCUGGCCAUGUUCAACAAGGUGAAGCGGCAGAAGGCGGAGGACUGCGCCAAGAAUUUGGUCCUGGCCAUAGAGACGGCCAAGAAUGGAGCAGUUCUCAUGCUGGAGUUGGGUGAAACCCACGAGAUGAAUAUGCCGGUCAUGUGGAAGCCCCAGUUUGAGGCUUAGUUCGGCGUUGUUAAAGUUUCUAUUGUACAUAUAUGCAUUGAUAUAUAAUCUGUUUGGAAUGGUUGGUAAUUGAAAAAUAAAAUAGUAUUGAGUUAA